AUCCAGCAGAAAUCAUGAAGAGAAAUACAACCUCAGACUUUAUUCUCCUAGGAAUCUUUAAGCACACAAGAUCCCACCUCUUUCUAUUUAUGAUGGUUCUGACAAUGGCCAUUGCUUCCUUGAUGGCCAAUGCCCUCAUGCUUCUCCUGAUUCUCCUGGACCCCCAACUCCACAGGCCCAUGUACUUCCUACUGAGCCAACUCUCUCUCAUGGACAUGAUGCUGGUUUCCUCCAUCGUGCCCAAAAUGGCUGCUGACUACUUGACAUGGAACAAAUCCAUCUCUCCUGCUGGCUGUGGGUUGCAGAUUUUCGUCUCACUCACGCUUGGUGGUGGAGAGAGUUUCCUCCUAGCCGCCAUGUCCUAUGACCGUUAUGUAGCUGUUUGCCACCCACUGAGAUACCCUGUACUCCUGAACUGGCGAUUAUGUAUUCAAAUGACUUUGGGCUCUUGGUUCCUGGGGGCAGCUGAUGGGCUCAUGCAAGCGACCACUACAUUGAGCUUCCCAUUUUGCAGUGCUCAUGAGAUCGAUCAUUUCUUCUGUGAGGCCCCCAUGUUGGUGCGUUUGGCUUGUGCUGAUACAUCAGCCUUUGAAAAUGUCAUACUGUAUUAUUUAGUGUUUGAAGGCAGUCUUUUCGAUUCAUGCAACUUUUCAUUUAAGUAAUCCAUACCUUUCCCCAGGAUCUAAUUGUAAUUGCAGUGAGUAAUAUGUUUUAACGCAAACCACAAAUAAAAUCUUAUUUU